AUGCCUAUCAAUCAGCCAUCGAACCAGAUUAAAUUUACGAAUGUAUCAAUUGUACGACUAAAAAAAGGCAAAAAGCGAUUCGAACUGGCGUGUUACAAGAACAAACUAUUAGAGUAUCGCUCCGGAGCAGAAAAGGACCUCGACAAUGUUCUCCAAGUCCCUACCGUCUUCCUAUCCGUAUCUAAGGCCCAGACCGCCCCCAUCGCAGAACUAGCCAAAGCGUUCGGUGCCGGCACCCCCACGGACGAGAUCCUGCAGGAAAUUCUACGAAAAGGCGAAGUGCAAGUCGGCGAGCGCGAGCGGAAGGAGAUCGUGGAGCGCGUCGAAAAAGAAGUCUUGGAUAUUGUGUCCGGACGACUAGUCGACCCUACAACCAAACGGGUCUACACGCCGGGCAUGAUCUCCAAGGCUUUGGACCAACUUAGCUCAGCAAGCGGGCAGAUGCAACAAUCGCAGGGUCAGCAGAACAAUGGGGAUGCAAAUGGUGAUGAUGAGUCGCGACCGGCCCAGCCGCGGAAACCGCUGUGGACUGGUGUAACGCCGAAUAAGUCUGCGAAAAGUCAGGCGCUCGAGGCUAUGAAGGCGCUCAUUGCUUGGCAGCCUAUUCCUGUGAUGCGAGCGCGCAUGCGUCUUCGGGUGACCUGUCCCGUGUCGCUUUUGAAGCAGAGUGUUAAGACAGGGACAGCUGCAGGAUCCAACAAAGAGAAGGAAACCCCGUCGGGUGGCGGACCCAAAUCUAACAAAAAGGGUGGUAAAGGAUCAAAGAAGAUCGCUCGGCAGCAAGACUCAGAUGCAGAGGCUGGUGCAUCCGAUACAGAGCAAGCAUCAGCCAAGACACCCAGCAAUGUCAAGGAUAAGAUCAUGAGCUACUUUGAAUCCGUCGAGUCGCAAGAAGUGGUGGGUGAUGAAUUAGAGGUAAUUGGAUUUGCGGAGCCGGGGGCAUACAAAGGGUUGAACGAGUUUGUGGGCAACGAGACUCGCGGACGAGGACGAGUAGAAGUAUUAGACAUGACUGUCACUCAGGAGGAGUAG